AUGACUACCGAAAUAAAAGCAAAGGAAAUCUUUAAUCAAUUUGCAACUGUUGGAGCCAAUAACCAAAAAAUCAUUACAUUACCUGAUUUUGUUAAUUUAAUCUCCCCUUUCCAAACAGAUAUCUCCAAACCAACAUUUUCUUUAUUAUAUCUUAUUGCUGAUAAAGAUAGAAAAGGAUUUGUUAAUGAACAAGAUUGGGUGAAUUUUAUUACAACCUUAACUUCCAUCGAUGGAGAUUUCAAAUUAAUUUACAAUUUUUUAAGUACUGGUUCAGGUAAUAAUAAUCCAAAUGCUAAAACCAUCAGUUAUAAUCAAUGUAUUGAUAUUUUAAAUAAAUUAAAUCGUUCAAUAGAUCCAAAAUAUCAACAAAAUUUAAUUAAAUUAAAUUGGACUUACUUUCCAAAAUUCUUUGAACCAAAUGGUACAAUUAAUUUCAAUGAUUUUAUCACCCUUAUUAACUAUUUACCUGUAACUAAAUUAAUUGGAAAUUUUGAAAUUUUAGCUUCAAAGAAGAAGACUAUUGAUGAAAAACAAUUAAUCGAUUUAUUAUCAGCUAAUUUAAAUCAUAAAUUAUCAUCAAAAUUAAAACAAAAUUUGAGUAAUAUUAGUGGAUUCUUUCAUGAUGAAAAUAAUCAAUCGAGAAAAGAAUUCACCUUAUCCAAUCUUUUAUUUGUAUAUGAUACUUUGAAUAAAGUUGAUUUAAUUAAUGAAGUCAUUGCUAAUACUCCACCAACUUCUAAAGAUAAAACCGAUAUUUUAAUUAAUAAAAUGGAUUUAUACACUCAUUUAAAUGAUCAUUUAUUAAAAUCAUCUAAUUUUAAACCAAUCAGUAUUUAUGAAAUUGAUUUAUUAUUUUAUUUAAUAAAUCAAAAAUCUGAUGAUAACAUCCCAAGAAAGGAAUUAAUUUCAUUUUUAAAUCCAAGUUUUAAUAAUAAUGUUAAUUCAUUAUAUUCAAUUUUUGAUCAUCCAAAAUCGAAAUAUUCAACAAAGACAAGUGGUGAUAAUUUUUCAUUAUGGCCAAUCUAUGAUUCUCUCUAUUCUUUCUUUCUUGGUUCCAUAGCUGGAUGUAUUGGUGCUACUGUUGUUUAUCCAAUUGAUUUGGUCAAAACUAGAAUGCAAGCUCAAAAGCAUAAAUCUUAUUAUAAUAAUUCUUUUGAUUGUUUUAAGAAAAUUAUUGCUAAAGAAGGUUUUAAAGGUUUAUAUUCAGGUUUAGCUGCUCAAUUAGUUGGGGUUGCACCAGAAAAAGCCAUUAAAUUAACUGUUAAUGAUUUGGUUCGUAAAAUUGGUACUGAUGAAAAGACUGGUAAAAUUUCUAUGAGAUGGGAAAUUGCUGCUGGUUCAUCGGCUGGUGCAUGUCAAGUUAUUUUCACAAAUCCAUUAGAAAUUGUUAAAAUUAGAUUACAAAUGCAAGGUAAUGUAAAAAAGCUUGGAGAAAUUCCUCAUAAACAUUUAAGUGCCACUUCGAUUAUUAAACAAUUAGGUUUAAAGGGUCUUUAUAAAGGUGCUUCUGCUUGUUUAUUAAGAGAUGUCCCAUUUUCGGCCAUUUAUUUCCCAACUUAUGCUAACUUGAAGAAAUACAUGUUUGGUUUUGAUCCAAAUGAUACUUCAAGUAAAAAGAAAUUAAGUACUUGGCAAUUAUUAGUUAGUGGUGCUUUAGCUGGUGCUCCUUCUGCUUUCUUUACUACUCCUGCUGAUGUUAUUAAAACUAGAUUGCAAGUUGAAAGUAAACAGCAUGAAGUUAAAUAUAGAGGUAUUGGACAUGCUGCUCGUGUCAUAUUGAAAGAAGAAGGUUUAGGUGCAUUCUUUAAAGGUUCCUUAGCAAGAGUCUUUAGAUCAUCACCUCAAUUCGGGUUUACUUUAGCAUCUUAUGAACUUUUACAAAGUUUAUUCCCAUUAACUCCACCAGUCACCAAGGGAUCUAAUUUCAAAGCUAUUUCAGGAUAUCCUGGUAUUUACUCCUUAACUAAUGAUCAAGUUUAUAAUAGUCAAUCUAGAAAUGAAAGAUUAUUAUACUUGUCAAAGUCUGAAAUUGAAGGUAAGACUGUACCAGGUUCAGUUACUAAAUUAGAUGAAACUUUAAUUAAAGUUCCUGCUGAAUAUGUCUAUAAAUCUCAUGAUGCAAUUAAGUUAUUAUUAGAUAUUGACUAUAAGUUUGGUAAUUUCAAUUAUGACUCUUAUUUGAAUUUCAUUCAUAAGAAGUAG